GUAUGUCACCUAAUGAUGAUUAUUCUGUCAUUUAUUACUGAAUGAUGAAGCAAUAAAUACAAAUGUCUUAUUUUAAUUACAGGAAAUGAAGAAACUUGACUUUGUGCAUUAUUCAUUAAUUUUGGAAUUGAUUUUGGCAGAUCACAUCUCAGUCUCUCUGGUCCACUGGGAUUACUGGGGGUUCCUCGAGACCAUCUUCCUCAAUAGUAGGUUAAAUCGUGCCUGUGGGCCAGGCGGAGGUUCAGGGUAGGGGAUCAUCAGAUAGAGCAGACGGAACCUUUCCACAGCUGAGCUCCACAAAUGAAUGUCUUAAGUUCUGAGCACACAAAUUACAGUUCAAAGUUAUUUUCCCACAAAACAUUUGGAAAAGGUGUUGACCUUUCUCAAAAAUAACAGCAUUUUCAUGGAGGGUGCCAAUACUUCUGAGCUAGAUUUCGCUGGCUAGGUUACACUUGCUAGCAAGUGGUUUUUAAGAUUAAACUCAUUAGCAGGACUGGGAAACACUGCCCAAGACAAUCGAGCGAGCAAGGUCAUAUUUUGCAAAUUUGCAAUUAAUGGCAAAACUAUUGGCACCCACCAAAAGCUCCGUCAUGUUACACAAACAACUAUUUAUAUAUUUUUAACAAAAAGCAUUUUGUGUGAAAAGGUGCCAAUAUUUCUGUAUCUGACUAUUUACUGUUAGCUAGGUUUACUGGCUUAUCAUGCUGGCAAGUGGUUUAAAUAUCUUGACUAGAUCAUUAGUGCUUCAGCUCACUAUCAUUAGCCCACUAAUCUCAUUAAUUAACGUUUGCCUCUGAGUCGUAUUUUCAACAAAACUCUGGACGUGUAGACUGUGGAUGUUGAUGAUGGUCUGGUUUUACAAUCACAUGUCUCAAGUGAGGUAAAGACGCAUGGCGUCAUUGGAACACACACUAAAUUUAGCUCUAAAAGCCAGAUUACGAUUGGUCCAUCAGCCUGCCGGUGUUCAAGCUUCCUGAUGGGAUUAUUCCGUGGUGUGGACACAGUUUGUGUGCCGUGGAGAGGAUGUGGUUCUGCACUGUUCAUCCUGUUUUUUGAGUUUCUAGUAUAUUCCUUGUCACAGAAUAAACAUUUGAAGUUGCAGGAAUAAUGGGCACGGUGCUCUCGGUCUCCCCAGUGUCGCAGGACGAAGUGGAUGAACGCAAGAGGAGAGGCCUGAGCAAACCGAGGUUGAUGGUAUCAACCUUCGGUUUCAAGAUGGUUAAGCAGAAAAGUAGCAAGAAAGUCAACCCACAUCCAUUUCCGACCAUCCAUAUCGGAGAAGAUUUGAAGGCACCACCCCAAAACUCUCCACCACAGUCUGGAGAAACCGAGGCACCAUCCCAAGAACUGGAACAAACUAAACUCCCAGUAACCAAGCAGCAGGAAGACGUGCAGAAAAACCAACCAAGCUGCCAGGUCCUCACGCCUCCAGUCCGCAUCACUGUCCAAGCCUCCACAGGUGAGCUGCUGCUCUGUCUGGGUCGAUUCCUACGCCGUCGCUGCCUUAAAAUCUCUGAUCUAACCUCAAACGAGGUGAUCGCCUGGUUCAGGAACGUGGACCAGACUCUGUUGAUGCAGGGCUGGCAGGAGGAGGGCUUCAUAACACCUCCCAUUCUCGUCUUCGUCUACCUGCUGUGCCGGGACACCGUGAGCGAGGACAUCGCCAGUCCAGGUGAGCUCCACGGCGUCUUUCUCACCUGCCUGUACCUGACCUACUCUUACCUGGGCACCGAGAUCUCGUACCCGCUCCAGCCCUUCAUUAUCGACGCUAAUAAGGAUAUGUUCUGGCAGCAGGCUCUGGGUGUCAUCGAUAAACUCAGCUCCCAAAUGCUGCGGAUCAACAUGGACCCACAGUUCUUCACUGAGGUUUUCCAGGAGCUGAAAAAUGAAGGAGAGGUGAAGAACAGGAAUGGUCUGGACCGCUGA